UUGUUAUUGGUUAUACAGUCGGGUGGGAUGUCAAUUAGAAGCUAUUAUGGCUUUUUUCUAUGGAUGUUCAAAUUCAUAUUUACUUUGUGCAAUUAGUCUUAGUCGAUGUUAUAUUAUUCUAAGACCAUUUAAUGCAAAAAAUGUUUCGGUUACUAAAUGUAUUAUUAUUGCUUGUGUGGUUGUAAUUAUUGCUUUUAUUUGGACAAUGUUACCAAUUAUUGGAUGGAAUGAAUAUACUCUAGAGGGAGCUCUUACAUCAUGUUGUGUAAAUUGGUAUGAUCGACGACCUUUAUAUGUUUCAUUUAAUUUCUUUCUCUUUAUUUUUGUUUAUUGUAUUCCAUUGAUUAUUCUUGUUGUAACAAAUUCAAUAAUUUAUUUUGGAUUAAAACGAAUGAAAUAUAAAAUAAUACAAGGUAAUAAAACAGAAUUAAGUCAAAAACGAAUUGAAAUGGAAGGACGAAUUCUUAAAAGUAUAAUAAUAACAAUAUGUGGUUUUAUAAUAACAUGGACUCCAUAUGCAAUUGUUUUCUUUAUCUCAGCCUUUCAUAAUACAAAUACAACAAUAUCACCUCUAGCAACAUUUGUUUGUGCUUGUUUUGCUAAAUCAUCUGUUAUGUGGAUUCCAAUACUAUAUAUAAAUACAUCAACUCAUUUUCGAUUGAUUUUUGUCGAUAUGAAUUCAAUAAAUAAACAAGAAACAAUAGGUAGUACUGGUAGAGAAGCACAUAAUCCAUCUGUUAUAGUUGAAAAAAAAUCAGCAAUAGCGGUAAUCAAUGCACCAUUGGAAAAUAAUUUUUCUACAAUUGAUGAACAAUAA